AACAGAGACUGGAAAGACCGGUAAGACCAGCAAAAAAUUCCAAACGUUAGCUGAAGUCACUUCUUUAAUUUGUAGGCUGUAACACUCAACAACACGACCGUACACUAAAGUACUGAGAUUCGUUUGCUAAGAGAAUGCGGUCUCUUGUUUGUCUUUUGUCGUAUUUGACAGCUGUUAAAGCUGGUUCUCACUCGCUCAUGGUUUUUGCCACAUACAUUGCUGGACAGACAGAGUUUCCUGAGUUCACUCUUGUGCUGAUGUUAGAUGACGUGGAAGUGAUAUACUACGACUCGGCAUCGCUGAAAGCUGUCUAUCGCAGUCAGAGUAAUUCAAGUGAUGACAAUGUCGCAGGUAGUAUAUUCGGGGAUAUAUAUGACCUCAUGAAAGAUCGAACAUUUUAUCUUAAGGACCACCAAAACUGCACAGAUGGUUUGCAUGUUUAUCAGAAACGUGUUGGAUGUGAAUUGCUUGACAAUGAUCAGCCAGGGUUGUUUCUUUCAUGGGAUGCUUUUAACGGACAAAAUACUGAGGAGUUCACCUUUGAUGUGGUAAAAAGAACGAUGCAAAUGAAUUUACCAUGGAUGAGAAUAAAAGGCAUGGGUCAGAUGGAAUGGCUUCAUGUGAAGUUUCUGUAUGAACAUGUGUAUCAUCCCAUUUGCAUAAAAACUUUACGGGCAUUCCUGGAAAAAGAGAAGAACACAGUGACUCGAAAAUUGAAACCCAGAGUCAGGCUCAUGAAGAAGACGCUCUCAGACUCUGGUGGGCUUCAGAUCAGCUGUCUGGCCACUGGUUUUUACCCGCGUCACAUUAACCUGACCCUGUUCAGAGACGGUCAGCCUGUGGAUGAGGAUCAGAUCACAGGAGGAGAGAUUCUGCCCAACGGAGACGGGACUUACCAGAUGAGGAAGACUUUGGUGAUCGCUGAAGAAGAGCUAAAUGACGCAUAUUACAAAUGCACAGCAAACUACUUAAACCUGGACAACAAACUGGACAUUGCUUUUGAUGAGGAUCUAGAAAAAUCUGACUUCGGAUCCUCUGCUCUGUCUAUAAUUAUCAGUGUGCUGGUGUUAAUAUUUGUGGCUGUUUUCGUCAUAAUCGCACUCAUCAAUUGGAGGAUGAGACGAGCUGCCGAACCAGGCUCCAGUACUUCACAACAAAGUGGAUAUUCACCUACUUCAAGUUCUCACUCACUGAUGGCUUUGGCAACGUAUAUAGUUGGACAAACACCAUUUCCUGAGUUCAGUGCUGUGCUGAUGUUGGAUGACGUACAAAUAGGAUAUUAUGACUCGGUCACGUGGAGUGUUAUGCACCGCACUCCAAGAGAUUCAAAGUACCAAAAUGAAGAGAAAAGUGAUGCUGAUAUAGUAUUUCUUAAUAUGUAUAACACCAUGAAAGAGCGAGAAGUUUAUUUUAAGGAGCAUAUAAAUCACACAAAUGGUUUACAUGUUCAACAGAGAAUCGCUGGAUGCGAACUGUUGGAUAAUGAUAAGCCAGGACCAUUGCAGAGAUGGGAUGCCUUUAAUGGACAAGAAAUCGGAGAAUACACCUUUGACACAGAAAAAAAUGUCCAGACAAAAAUAAUAUGGGGGCCAUGGGGUCAACUAACAAGACUUCAUAUGAGGUUUCUGUGUGAAAAUAUUUAUCAACCAAUUUGCAUUAAAGUUUUGCGUAGGUACUUGUACGUAAAAAAGAAUAGUGUAAUGAGAAAAGUUAAACCCAGAGUCAGACUCAUGAAGAAGACGCUCUCAGACUCUGGUGGUCUUCAGAUCAGCUGUCUGGCCACUGGUUUUUACCCGCGUCACAUUAACCUGACCCUGUUCAGAGACGGUCAGCCUGUGGAUGAUGAUCAGAUCACAGGAGGAGAGAUUCUGCCCAACGGAGACGGGACUUACCAGAUGAGGAAGACUUUGGUGAUCGCUGAAGAAGAGCUACGUGAGGAACAUAAAUACAACUGUUCAAUGAAGCGCCUCAGUCUGGACAACAAACUGGAUAUUAUUUCUGAUGUGGCUGAAUCUGACCCAGGAUCAUCCACUCAGUCUGUAGUUUUCAGUGUGAUGGUGUUCAUGUUUGUGGCUGUUCUCAUCAUAACUGCUCUCAUCGUAUGGAGGAAGAGACGAGCUGCUGAACAAGCAUUCAAGAAGUCACAAAGUGAUUAUUCUCUUACUGCAUCUUCCACCAAUGAUUAACCAUGCUAAGUGAGUCUAUGGUCCUACAUUAAAGCCAAGACAAAAUGCAAAACUUUGCAAUGUAAAAAUGAGCCCAUAUGGCCUGAAAUCAUGUUGUUUAAAGUGCCUCCAUCACUCCAUUUUUGGUGGUCUUCCACUAGACGUUUUCAUGCAUCAAGGUCAAGGCUUUUCCUUUUCUCAGAAUAUGCAUUUAAUAUCACCUUGUUUUCCAAUUCCCAAACUAUUCUCAUUCUUCCAGCCGUUCCAAGGAUCCAUGAAUGUUUCUGUGAGCCCUCUCUGCUCUGAUUGGUUAGAUGGCCCAGUGUGUUUUAUGGGUCUACUACGUAUAGUGCGUUGGAAACAAUAUGCUCAUUGCUAGAAUUCCAAAUUUGUAAAGCUCGAUAGAAAAUAUAAUAUAAAAUAUAAUAGUUUUCAGCAAUAUGGGGGUCAUACUAGAUAGUACUGAAAGCAAAGGUUUGCAUACUUUUUACAACAGAUAUGUAACACUGAAUCCCUUUUCUCAAUAAAUGAGUUAACUGCUCUUUUAACAUA